AUGACUCCAAAUAAUAACUUUUCAAUUUCGAAAAGGAAUCCUUCCAAUCAACGGGGGUUCCCACAACCACAAUUAAGCUCAAACUUGUUUCAAGUCCAUUAUUUUCCUCCUCUAAAUAAUAAUAACUACAUGAAUCCCGAUCAUACAAUUGUUAAUACGCCAUUUAUUCUGAGAAGCUCCUCAUCUCAUCCUAAUAAUCAUACAAACAGAAUUACUUAUUAUUCAACUUCAAAAGGUUCUCAUUGUAAACAAAAUUCAGGUAUUAUACAACCAAAUACUAAUAUUAACCAUACUAACGGUACUGAUAAUAUUAAUAGCACAAUCACACUCCCAGAUAAUUCUUCUUCCCAAUCACAAGUCUAUUCCAAUUAUUCAACUGGAUUGAAUGGUUGCUCCGGGAUCUACGAUUUAAGGCCCAAACCGUCAAAUUUGAAUUCAACCACAGUUUCAUCUUCAUUGGUACCAUCAACAUCAAGUUCAGUCUUGGAUAAUAACUUCCAUUUACCUUCCCAAAGGCAAAUCUCUUUUGAUAAUACUUCAGAUUUGUCUCUCAUUAAGAAAAGAAAAAGAAAGAAAGCAGAAGAAGUGCAUCGAUACUAUCGAUGCAACUUUCAAAAUUGUGACAAAGCUUAUGGUACAUUGAACCAUUUGAAUACCCACAUAUCAAUCCAAAAACAUGGUCCAAAGAGAAUGCCCCAAGAAUUUGCCACUCUCAGGAAGCAACUAAGGGAUAAAAGGAGGAAACAUAAACUAGAAUCUUCAGUUUGUGCUGCUGAAAAGCAAUUUAAACCAGUUCGCUCUUUAUUGUUAGUUCCAAAAAAAGUGAAUUCUACUCCUUAUCCUUCAACAAAUUACAUUGUUACUUCAAAUCAAAAUUUGUCUUCGUCAACGGGGAAUUUAAAUUCCCAACUCUCAUCUCAAAGAACAAAUGAAAAUGUUUACCUGAAACUGAAUAAUCAGCCAUGGGAAUCCUCAAAUACUGAUUUAAAUUGUCAUUAUUAUCCUCUUAAUGCCGUUACAUCAUUCACUUUGAGUUCAAACUCAGAUUAUAAUUUUAAUUCUAGCUUGAACUCAAACCAAGGGUUAGUUUUCAAUUCAAAUUUUAACUUCACUCCCAAUUAUCAUUCUCAUUCAGAAUCAACGGUAAUGGAUCUCCAACAAAAAAGUUUUCAGUGUUCUCCAAAGAAUAAAACUUCCCACGUUUAUGCUUUAUCUUCACAAACAAACCCUCAUCCACCAUUUAUCAAUUUGCAAAAGACCACAUUCUAA